UGACAUUUUCAAAUGAGAGAAUUUGUCUGCACUGUGGUGGGUGUUCAGGCAGGGUAGCUGUCGUGCAGAAAAAAAAAAAAAAAAAUCUCCCCCCAUUGCCUUUCAUUUCGCAAACGAUUAGCUACAUAUUGCAGAGACGAGUGAGUAUCAACUAGGUUAUCAUUUUGAAGUGAAUCCACACAAAUCAUCAUGGGAGACGACAGUGACUGGAUGAAGUUACCAGUCGAUCAGAAAUGUGAACACAAGGUAUGGAAGGCCAGGCUGAAUGGGUAUGAAGAGGCCCUGAAGCUCUUCCAGAGGAUUGAUGAUGCGAGUCCAGAAUGGGCCAAGUACCAGGGAAUCAUCAAGAAGUUUGUGACGGACUCAAACUCAGUGGCCCAGCUCAAAGGACUGGAGGCUGUUCUGGCUUAUGUAGAGAACGCACACAUGGCUUCUAGGACGGUGGGUGAGGUGUUGUCAGGUGUGGUGUGUAAGGUAUUCAACCAGCCUAAGGCGCGGGCCAAAGAGCUGGCCUCAGACAUCUGCCUCAUGUACAUAGAGAUUGAGAAAGCCGACAUUGUACAGGAGGAGCUCAUCAAAGGAUUAGAGAACAAGAACCCUAAAGUAGUCGUCGCUUGUGUGGAGACCAUACGCAGGGCACUCUGUGAAUUUGGAUCAAAGACUGUUACCCUAAAGCCCAUAAUUAAAGUGUUGCCAAAGCUCUUUGAGUCCAGAGAAAAGGCAGUCCGACAUGAGGCCAAACUGCUGGCUGUGGAGGUCUACAGGUGGAUCAGGGACUCACUACGACCUCCUCUUCAAAACAUCAACUCUGUACAGUUGAAGGAGCUGGAGGAGGAGUGGGUGAAGGUGCCGUCGUCGGCCCCCAGACAAAGUCGUUUCCUACGCUCCCAGCAGGACCUGAGGACCAAGUUCGAGGAACAGCAGGCCGUGGCAGGGUCCGAUGGAGACUGUGAGGACGUAGCAGACUCUGCUCCUCAGGUGGACCCCUAUGAGCUUCAGGACCCAGUGGAGAUACUCUCCAAACUGCCCAAAGACUUCUACGUGAAGAUUGAGGCAAAGAAAUGGCAGGAGAGGAAAGAGGCCCUGGAGGCCUUGGCGACGCUGGCUAAACACCCCAAACUGGAUAAUGGCGACUAUGGCGAUGUGGUUCGAGCACUCAAAAGGGUCAUUGGUAAAGACACCAAUGUCAUUCUGGUGUCGCUCGCUGCAAAAUGCCUGGCUGGAUUGGCCUUCGGACUCAGGAAGAACUUUGGGACGUAUGCAGGCAAUGUGGUGCCAACUAUUUUGGACAAAUUUAAGGAGAAGAAACCUGCUGUGGUCCAGUCCCUGCAAGAGGCCAUCGACGCAGUCUUCCUGACGACCACUCUCCAGAACCUGAGCGAGGACAUGCUGGCUGUGAUGGACAACAAGAACCCGUCCAUCAAGCAGCAGGCCUCUCUGUUCCUGACCAGGAGUAUCUGUCUUUCUACCCCUUCCACCCUGCCCAAGAGCCUGCUCAAACCCCUCUGUGCUGCCCUGCUCAAGCAAGUGAAUGACCCUGCUCCAGAGGUGAGAGAUGCUGCGAUCAUGGCUCUAGGCACGGCCAUGAAGGUGGCGGGAGAGAAAGCGGUUAACCCCUUCCUAGCAGACCUCGACAAACUCAAGGUUGACAAGAUUAAAGCGAUUGCGUCCAAUGUGGAGCUGGCAGGAGGAAAGAAGGGAGGAGGAGCGGAGAAAGGGAAACCUGGCACCAAGGCACAGUCUGAGGCCCCAGCCAAACCCGCAGGGCCCCCCAAAAAUGCCCCUUUGUAUAAGGAUGUUGGCGUUGCUAAGAAAGGGAAGCCUGGAGCAGAAGGUGGAGCCAAGAGUAAGAAGCCUGCUGAAACAAAAGAGAUCGUGGAGACUGAGCUCUCAGUGGAGGUGUGUGAUGAGCUGGCUGCAGCGGUGCUGCCUGCCUCCUGUGUAAAGAUGCUGGACAGCUCCAACUGGAAGGAGAGGCUGGCCAGCAUGGAGGAAUUUUACCAGCUUGCGGAGCAGAUGGACAUCGGUGCGAUGCCAUGUCAGGCUCUGGUCCGCAUGCUGACCAAGAAACCUGGCUGGAAGGAGACUAACUUCCAGGUGUUGCAGCUAAAGCUCCAGGUGGUGGCAGUGGUGGCCCAGAGGGGCAGGUUCUCUAAGACGUCUGCCUCUGUGGUGCUGGAUGCCCUGGUGGAGAAGGUGGGAGACGUCAAGUGUGGAGGGAAGGCCAAGGAUGCCCUAACGGCCAUAGGAGAGGCCUGCUCUCUCUCCUGGAUUGCUGAACAGGUUGUGUCAUUGGCUUUUGCCCAGAAGAACCCGAAAAACCAAGCUGAGACACUGAACUGGCUGGCCAAUGCCAUGAAGGAAUUUGGCUUCACAGGAAUCAAUGUGAAAGCUUUUAUCAACCAUGUCAAGACUGCUUUGGGUGCCUCCAAUCCUGCUAUACGAGCAGCAGCUAUCUCUCUGCUGGGGGUGAUGUACCUGUACAUGGGCGCCUCACUGCGUAUGUUCUUUGAGGACGAGAAGGCAGCACUGCUCGCUCAAAUCGACGCAGAGUUUGAGAAGAUGCAGGGCCAGACUCCUCCUGCCCCCACUAGAGGCGCCAUCAAAAGGACAGGGGGGCAGGAGGAGGGAGAAGAGUGCAAGGAAGAAGGGGUUGCAGGUGACAUCAUGGACCUCCUGCCUCGCACUGACAUCAGUGAUAAGAUCACAGAGGACAUGGUGUCCAAGGUGGGCGAUAAGAACUGGACUAUCCGUAAGGAGGGUUUGAAUGAGGUGGCUGCAGUUCUCUCUGAGGCCAAGUUCAUCAAGCCCAGCUUGGGAGACCUGCCCAUCACACUGAAGGGACGCCUCAGUGACUCCAACAAGAUCCUGGUCCAGCAGACCCUGUCGAUCAUGCAGCAGAUAGCCACUGCCAUGGGCCCUGCCCUCAAACAGCAUGUCAAGACCCUGGGCAUACCAGUCAUCACUGUGCUGGGGGAUAUUAAGAACACAGUUCGUGCUGCGGCCAUGGCCACCCUGAACUCCUGGGUGGAGCAGACUGGUAUGAAGGAGUGGCUGGAAGGGGAAGAGCUGUCUGAAGAGCUGAAGAGGGAGAAUCCUUUCCUCAGACAGGAGGUGCUUGGCUGGCUGGCAGUGCAUCUGCCCACCAUGCGCUCAGUGCCCUCCGAUCUCAUGCUGUGUGUCCCCCCCCUGUUCGGCUGCCUGGAGGACCGCAACGUUGACGUAAGGAAGCGAGCCCAGGAUGUCCUGCCUGUCUUCAUGAUGCACCUGGGCUUCGACAAGAUGAACAAGGCCACAGGCAAACUGAAGCCUGCCUCUAAGGACCAAGUGGUUGCCAUGCUGGACAAGGCCAGGGAUGUGAUGCCUGCUAAAUCAGCUGGUCCUGCUAAAGCUGCCCCCACCAAGCCUGUAUCCAGCGUCCACCCAGCCAAAGCCCUUGCAGCUUUGAGCAAAACCCAGGCUCCCAUUGAAGAAUAUGCAGUUGUCGACCCAAAGAAAGCCAAGCCAGGGGCACUACCGGCCAAAGGAAAGGCUGCUGCUGGGAAGAAGCCCUUGAGUAAGGGUAAAGAAGAGGAGGACAAGUCUGGUCCCAUCUUCACCAUGGUGCCCAACGGCAAGGAUCUACGUGUCAAAGACGAGAAGAGCUUGAAGACGCUAAAGUGGAACUUUGGUUCUCCUCGCGAUGAGUAUGUGGAGCAGCUUAAAGUUCAGAUGGCUCCCUGUGUGGCCAAGUGGCUUCAGGAGGAACUCUUCCACCAUGACUUCCAGCACCACAUCAAGGCCAUCAACUCCAUGAUAGAGUGUCUGGAGGAAGAACACGAGGCAAUGGUGGCCUGCCUAGACCUGGUCCUGAAGUGGUACACGCUGCGCUUCUUUGACACAAACACCAGUGUGCUGAUGAAGGCCCUGGAGUACCUGAAGCUCCUUUUCCUCAGCCUCAGCAAGCAUAACUACCACCUCAGUGAGCAGGAGGCCAACUCCUUCAUCCCCUACCUCGUCCUCAAGGUGGGGGAGUCUAAAGACGUGGUUAGGAAGGACGUGCGAGCCAUCAUGGGCAUGCUGUGUAAGGUCUACCCUGCCAGCAGGAUGUUCCCUUUUCUCAUGGAGGGAACCAAAUCCAAGAACUCCAAACAGAGAGCCGAGUGCUUGGAGGAGCUGGGUUGUCUCAUUGGAUUUUACGGCAUGUCUGUCUGCCAGCCGACUGCCGCCAAGUCCCUGAAAGAGAUUGCUAUACACAUUGGAGACCGAGACACGUCCGUCCGCAACACAGCCCUCAAUACCGUGGUGACGGUCUACAACGUCUGCGGCGAGCAAGUCUACAAACUCAUCGGCCAUCUGUCGGAGAAGGACAUGAGCAUGUUGGAGGAGAGGAUCAAACGCUCAGCAAAGAAGACCCUAGCCUCCACAGCCCCUACCCCCAAACAGGGGGAAGAGAAGGCUCUGCCCACUCAACCCAAUGCCAGCCUCCCACAGAAGCCCUCCAACAGAGCGCAACCCCCUAUAAAACUCAGUCAGAUCCGUCUGAAUGCUCUGGUCCAGUCCCAGCAGGCUGAGCCCUCCCAUGUUUGCCCUGUUGGGGAGUUCCAUCUGGACCUGGAUCUGCUGGAGCAGCUGGAGAGUGACCAAACGUCUGUUGUGCUGCCUGAUCUGGUUAAACACAAACUAGGGGACUUGCUAGACCCUGUUAUCAUCCCAGAGCCCAAGCUUCGCCCAGUUCCCACCCACUUUGAUGAGCUGCACGCAGGUCCCUCCUCCACCAUCAACCUGGUUAUCUCUCAGGUGGCCUCUGGUGAUAUUAACACUAGCAUGAAGGCCCUUGCACAGAUAGACGAGGUGCUUCGUCAGGAAAGCAUUGCGGAGGUGAUGGUUGGCCACACAGAUCAGUUCCUCAUUGCUACCUCCCUCCAGCUCCGUCUGGCCCACAGCACACACAUGGCUGACACACGCCUUCCCAGGGAGGACAUCUUCAAACUCUACAGCUGUGCCAUUGGAAACAUGCUUACAUUGUUUGGUGUGGCGCGGCUGGCAAGGGAAGCCUCCAUGGGGGUGCUUAAGGACCUUGUCCAGGGUCUGGUGACAGUUCUGCUGGACCCCCGGAUAGAGGAGAGCCAGGAGGGACAGCAGCUCAUCCGCUCUGUUAACAUGCUGCUGAGACGACUCUUCGAGGCCUCAGACCAGACCAACAUACUCAGUGCUCUUCUGGUGCUACUGCAGGACAGCCUCCUGUCCUCUGCUGGCUCCCCCAAAUUCUCUGAACUCAUCAUGAAGUGUCUAUGGCGUAUGAUCAAGUUCCUACCAGACACCAUAAGCAGUCUUACUCUGGACAAGAUCCUGCUGGAUGUGCACAACUUCAUGAAGCUCUUCCCCAAAGACCGCCUGCGGAAGCUCAAGACUGACAUGCCCCACCGCACGCUCCAAACUCUGCUACACACACUCUGCCGCCUGGCAGGGCCCACGAUCCUGGAUCACCUGUCACUGAUUGAGGACAAGAGUGAGUCUGAAUUGGAGGCUCAUCUGAAGAGGGUUGUCAAGUCUGCCAAGACAGACACAGAGACUGCACACAUGGUUCCCAAAUCAAAGGAUGCAGAGGUGUUGGGGGAGAUCUUCAAAAAGAUCUCUUCCAAGGAGAACAGCAAAGAGGGUGUGUCUAAGCUGUGGGAGUUUAAGCAGAGACACCCUGAGGUGGACCUUGCCUCCCACCUGAAGAAGCUCCCACAGACAUUUCAGACCUUUGUAGAGCAUAGCCUGAACACACUCUGCACAGAGAGAGGAGACAAGGCCAGGACACCAUACCCCACCACAGGUACACACAACAGAGAGGGUGUUGGUCUGGAGCCUACUCCUGGCAGAGACGAGCUCAGACCCUCAGUCUACCAGGAGCGACUCAAGAUACUCCGACAGCUGCAUGGCCUGGAGAACAACAACAAGCCUCAGCAGAGGGAGGGUGAGGACGAGUGCGCCACUCUUCUCUCCAAGCCCCCCGUGGCCCCCUCUAUGGAUGUGCUCCAGAGCAAGAUGUCCCAGAUCCUCCACAACCGCCAAUCACAAGACCAGCGUCGCCCACAGAGCCCCACCCGGCCCGCUGACUCCGGCUCCACAGGCAACCUAGCUGACCUCAUGAAGAGACUACAGAAGAUCAAGGGCAACCAACAAUAAACUAGCCUGAGUGCCAGUCUGUUUCUGCUCUUGCCAACUCCUUAUGAAAUUGUCAUGCCAAACAUCACGUUUGGCUUGACAAUGACGAAAUAGUUCAAUAAGGGUGCAAUCGUCAAAAGACGUCUGCUCUCUUAAGGGAUGCUGGUGGCGUAAAGGACAAAUGCACAAAUGGAGUGUUUGAGAGGUGUAUGCAAUCCGUCAUUGCCAAUGAAGGUGAGGUGUGUGGUGAAUGUUUGUAUGGAUUAUGUCUUUUUGUUUUAUAAAUAAAGUUUGACAAAUA